GACAACUUACACAAGUUGAGUCAAGUACCGCGCCGCCACCACUAGCUAGCAAGCAAUGGCCACACCCACCGAUGAACCCACCAUCACCAUGGAGACCUGCGGCGACGUCUCCGACGACCCCACCAUGGAGACCAUGGGUGUCCUCUCCGAUGUUCCCAUUGUGAGCAAAAGCCUCCCUAUAGGCGCCGUCUCCGCCAAUUUCAAGGUCACUCGUGGCUUCGGUGGAAUCGCGGAGAACGCCAAGGUGAACGUCGACAGGCUGUAUCUGCGCCAGAUCAUGACGGGCUGGGACGCGAAUCAGUCGGAUGUGAUAAAGCCCAAUGCCGUAACUGGGCUAGGUAAAACUGCUGUGAACAACUGGGGGAUCUAUGACGGCCCUGGCCCCAAGGCGAAACUGGUUGCCAAAACGCACGGCAUGCACACAUUUGCCGGCAAAUGGAGCAAUUGGUUCACCCUGGUGUUUGUGGUCGAGAGGUUCGAAGCGUCCACUCUUCAGGUUAUGGGAGCUAAUGAUGAGGAUGAGGCAGAUAAUGAGUGGGCCAUUGUAGGUGGGACCGGUGAAUUCGCGAUGGCUCGCGGUAUCAUCCAGAGAAGAGUAUAUAGUGUAACAGACAGUACAUUAACACAUGCGCUUACUAUUGAAUUCUUCUGCCGCAUGAAGGAGGUCGUCCCUGCACCUACAAAGAGAGGAACAGUUGGUGGAAAUAAAGGCUCCCUGCUUUGGGAAAUGGAAGGCAAAUCCCAACGUCUAGAAAAUGUAACAAUCUACCAUGUAGGUGCCGUUGAAGGGUUCCAAUUUUCCUACGUUGAUGAAGACGGGAAAAUCCGCACCACUGGUACUUGGGGUCGAGUACAUCUUGAUCCUUUGCGCAAGACGGAAAUAAAGUUUGGCCCAUCAGAGUUUGUGAAAAAGAUCAAUGGGGUUCAGAGAGGCGGGGGCUGGCUAUCAAAAUUUGAGAUCGUCACCACCCACAAAACGUAUGGUCCUUUUGGAAGUGACAUCGGCACUCCACAUUUCAGCUAUACCGUGCCGGAGGACGAGACCGUGGUGGGCUUCUUCGCAAACACUGAUAACGUUUUCGUCACUUCAAUUGGUGUUUACACCAUCUAAAUCAUUCAGUAUCCGACCCUGCUGCAGCCUGCAGCUACCUGCAUGUUCCUUUUAAUCAUCAGGGUGUUUGAUUUCUUCCCGUUUCCGCUGUUCCAGCAAUAAGAUGGCUAGCUAACAAGGGUGUGUCCCCCUUGUCUAUGCCUAUUGCAUUGUGAUCUUUCAUAAUCAAAUCGGUCGUGUAACAUCUUUCUUUUUCUCUUUCGCAAUGUUCAAUGAUGUUUCCAGAGAUUGUUUACUUCGGAAUAAAACAGAUCGUAUUGAUAUGAUAGUAAA